AUGAACCACAGGGAGAAUGAGACCGCGCCUGACCUAAAUAGGAGACUGUUUGGCAACCGGUUGCAGGUGUGUCCUGGUUGCCAAUCAGGCAGCAGGGUAGACGCCUGUGCAUGGCACGAGGAAGUGAAUGUACCAAAAAAAAUGGAUGGCGGUGGGAGAACGUUGGUGGCAGGGUCGCAAAACUGCGGCCUUAAUGCUUGGCCGGCAUGUCGGCCACGUGACCUUGAAUCCAGCGGAGUAGAGUCCGGUGCUGACAGGCACGGUGAUGGCGCCGAGCGUAAAGCAGCUGCAGCUGGCGAGGUGGACGUCCAUGAGCCGGCCAACCCUGCGACUGACAAAAAUGAGGAGUAUGGGCGCCAGGCGGGAGCCUCUGCAGCAGACGAAGAUGACGGCAGGCAAGCGAGCGACUGUCCUGGAGAUCUGCCUAACACCAUUGUCUCUGACUUGCAAACCUCCUCGAGACUUAGUGGAAAGACGAUCACUACGAUGGCGGAGCUGACUGCACUUGUGCUUCUCGGCGCAUUGGUUCUGAGUCAAUCCUACGUUCCGAUAACACUGAGCCUGGUGGAAGUUGGCGUUAACGUCACUUUGGCAUGCCCGCGCCACGACGAUAGAGGUGACAUAUUUUACUGGUACAAGAUGAAAUUCGGCUCAAUGGUUCAAACCAUUGUGGAGGGGUAUUUCGGGGAAAUGUCCCUUCGAGGACCGUUCAAGGACGGAAGAUUUGUGAGCGCGCGUACGGGUGACAUGUACGUUUUAAACAUCACAAACGUACACAAAGACGAUGAAGCGAUGUACACCUGCCAAGCUGGGACCUCAUACAACAUGGUGUUCACCGGUGGCACGCAUCUGGUGGUGAAAGACCCCAGACGCAAGUCCUUCCAGGUGAGACAAAUUCCGCAAAGCAAGUCGGUCAAAGGGGGCGAGUCUGUGACCAUCCAGUGUUCCGUCCUCGCUGAGAGCAAAGAAUAUUUCCGCCAAUGUCCGAACCAAAGCAGCGUCUACUGGUUGAAGUCAGGAUCAGGAGAGUCUGAUCCACACAUCAUUUACUCCGACAGUGAUAAUGAACAAGACCCAAGAAGCUGCGUCUACCAUCUCUCUCUGACCGUACUCAACUCCUCUGACACCGGAACAUACUACUGUGCCGUAGCCACGUGUGGACAGAUCCUGUUCGGACAAGGAACUCAUGUGGACACACAAUUGGAACUAGAAUGA